UCAGUCAUUUGAUUAAAAAUCAUUGGCAUGCAGUGAAAACGAACCACAUUCUCUAUUUAUAAGGAAACAAGAAACAAGAGCCACUUGAGUGUUCACAAACAAAUAGUAAAUUGUUUAAAAAAUGCCGGCUGUUCCAGGGAGUGUAUACGGAGCAAAUCAAGCGCCAACAUGUUGGUCUAAAAUGAAAACUGGAUUCACAAUUGGCUUUUGCGUUGGAAUGGCGAGUGGUGCUUUGUUCGGCGGUUUCAGUGCACUGAGAUACGGUUUGCGAGGACGUGAGUUGAUCAAUAACGUGGGCAAAGUAAUGAUUCAAGGAGGUGGCACAUUCGGCACGUUUAUGGCUAUCGGUACCGGUAUCCGGUGCUAGGACUUUUACACAUGCAUUUUGUUCUGGAUUAGCGCAAACGAUGUGAAUGCAAUUCGUUCACAUCGAAUCAUCGUUCAAACGUUAGCUUUGUUAGCUCUGUAUAUUUAAAAUAAAAACCGAAAUGAAAAAUAAAAACAACACCAUUUUGACACUUA